ACAAAAUUACAUAUUAUGUGAAUGUCAUUCGCGAACCCCAUAUAUUUCGAUCGCUGGCUCGGUUUUGUGUCGCUGAAUAUAGAAAUAACAAAGUUUUGGAAACUGGUACUUCCCAAACUUACAAGCCAAUGUCGUCGUACAACCAGUGCACUCAAACACCAAGCCAUCUUACCGAGCGACAGCAGUGUCUGUAGCAAGUAGAAGUGCUGUGUGAGGCAUAUUUGUCGACGAAUCGCAACGUCAACACAAGUUCAUCUUCACUAGUGUUCGGUGCCUCUUUCCAUUAAACCCUUCCAAAAAAUGGAUCCUCCUAGCUUAGAUAAGACAAAUUCGGAAACGUUCUCACCAUCGCCAAGUAAUGCUGCUGCGCUGCCACCACAAUCUUGCGAGCAAGGGCGCAAAAGAAAGCUAUCCAAUCGGCUGGAUGACGGAGAUGUAGAACCAGAAGCAAAACAUCAGCUGAUAGAAGCACCGAAAAGUAUCGAUAAAGCGACGGAAUUAGCUUCGCCCAACGUGCACGUUAACAUUUUGGAUCUCAGUGACGAAAUACUACUGCUAGUAUUUCUACAUUUGAACAGCAACAGCUUGCUUUUGCUGUCGAAAGUUUGCACCAGGCUGAAGCGAUUAGUAGCGGAUAAAACGCUGUGGACGGAGGCGGAUUUUACCUCAGCAAAAUUAACAACGGCAGAAGUGCAGCUACGCAUACAAUACUUGCAACCAGUUACAACGAAAACUUUAAAGCUGCGCGGUAUGACCAGUGUGUAUCCUGCCGAGCUGUGGAACGUACCAACGCUAACGCCUGGCAUCCUGAAGGCAAUUGAAACACGCUGCAGUUUACUGGAGUGCAUGGAACUGACCGAGGCAUACUUGGAUAUGAACGAAAUCAGCAUCACACUGUUUCCUCCUACCUUGCGUUCGCUGGUGUUCAGAAAGUGUGCACUAUCGGUGCAAAACAUCAACAACCAGUUCGUGAUGCAACAGCAGCAAAUGCGUUCAUUUCUAUCGAACAUGUACAAACAUCUCGUCCGCCUGGAGGAGCUUACCAUUGAGUAUUGUGCCUGGUUCGACACGCACGAUUUCAUGGUGCUCUCGAAGCUGCCCAAUUUGCGAUAUCUCAGCCUGAAGGGCUGUGCUAAUAUCAAAGAUAGCGUCCCGUACGCCAGCCUGGCGACACGCUUCGGGUUCAAGAAGCUGGAAGUGCUCGACUUACGCGACACACCGAUAUCCGAUUCGGAUGUCAGCUGUUUCAAUAUUGUGCACUCGCUGAAAGAGUUACGAUUGGAGUGCCCGGAACAUUUGCGCACGGAACGAGGCUUGAACGAAUAUAAUGAGGCGGAACGACAGCGCGUAGAACAGUUGCAUCGUUUGGCCAUGCCUGAUCUACUUCAGAAUGAAGAAGUAGAUCGAGCCGGCGGGAACGACGCUGCUGCCGAUCCAAUCCCAGACGAACCACCGGCGGAAGGGGUACAGUUGCCGCCACCCAUCCCGCGCCCUAGACAUGGAGUGUUUGAAAUACGCAUCAUACACGGGGACUAUCCAGGAUACGUGCGCGGAAAUCAGGACAAUUUAAUACGCAUCGUCCGCGACCCACAGCAACCGGUUGCAAACAAUCCAGCUGUACCGGCGGGGCCAAUAGCAAACGAGAACAAUAGACAGGACAGACAGAAUAUUGUGCGGAUCAUCAAUAGAGAUUUGCUGCUGCAGCGAAGAGAAAACGUCCACUUAAAUCAUCCCCAUCGCGUGUUUCGUCGCCAGAGAGAUCAGAUGCAGAUGAUGAAUGCUGCACAGCAACGAAUUUUCGAUGCUGGUGUUGGUAAUCCUGCUCAACGGCCUCGUCCGGAACCACCUCGACCUGACCGACCAGGCGAAAGAGCGCCAGCUGGACCAAAUCCACCAGUUGAACGCCACAUACAACAACCCGAAGGACAAUUACGGUUGCUUGAUGUACCAAACGACAUACCGGCGCCGAAUCAACAGCAGCAACAAGAACAACCACCACAGCAGCAACAAGAACAACCACCACAGCAGCAACAGCAGCCUCCACCACAGCAGCAACAGCAGCAAAACAAUGCACCACCCCAACGCGUUCUGCCGCAAGUAAUCAUCAUGCCGGGAAAUUUCCAGGAACUCAUUCACAGACCGAUCAAUGGCAAUCAGCACCAGAUUUUUGUCAACUUAGGCAUAGGACAACCUGCACCAAACUACGUAUCAUUGGUAAGUGAUCGUGGAAUCUGUGCGUACGGUGUGUCGCGCAAUGAGAUGGCGGGUGCACUUAUGGAAGAAAUAUUGCAUCACAAUUUAACUGGUUUGGAGCGGCUGUCUAUUCGCAACUAUAAGCUCGUCACCGACACAUCACUCGAUCAUCUCGAAUCGGCAGCGCCACACCUAAAACUGUUGGACGUAACAGGCACAUCCGUAACGGCGCAAGGCAUCCGGAACUUUAAACUGUCACGCCCGAGCUGUGUGGUCAUCUCCGACCACGACAAAGCCGGACAGCAAAAGGUUGGCGUUGUACAUUCGGAGGCUGUAAGCCUGGAUCGUCUUUAAUGCCGUGCACCGUUUGCUGAACCUUUGCUAAGAACAUCCUGUUCUUUUAUUUUUUAAUAAAUCUUAAUACAGUUAAGAACAAA